UGACCGGCACCAGGGUUAUUGCCCGUUAAUAACUGUUGCAUUCUUAGAGCCCUGUUUAUAGCACCCAUCAACACCGCCCCAUCCCAGCACUCCGGUUUUCGACGUAUCCGAACUUUUAAUAGACGAGGCGAAGCUCACCUCAGACAACAUGAAUGUAGACAUGCUCUCUUCUGCAAGAUACCAACCCGGCCUUACGGCUUCCGAUUUCCCCCGUUCUCCGCUGGCUCGGAGUCACGAUCUUAAUACCAUAGUCGAGGACGACUCCGCCGUGCCCCGUUACUAUUUCGCGCCAAGAUAUUCCACCAUCUCUCAAGCAGACUCAACCCUCUCGCCGCAGGCUGCCAUGCUCUCGCCCGUCUACUCAGAAGACUUUCCCACGCCGAGGGCCAAUCAAUCCUACCACAGCAACAUGCAAAGCCCCGCCGAGUCCGAGUUCGACGACCUAUACGACAUCUCGGAUGACGAGUCUGAACGCGAGGUGCCCUUGAUCUGCUCGAACUCGGUGAAGAAGACAACGGUACGGACGAACCGAAGCCGAUACCCCUCUCUCGUCAUCCCGUCGCCGUCGGCCUGGCCUACCAUUGAGAAGCUCAAGAAUGCCAUGUCCCCAGUUGCACCGACACCUACUCAACUCCUGUCGCCCUCUGCCAACAUUCUUAACAUGCUUGCUGCCCGCAGCCUUCAGGUCCCGGCAUCCAGUGCUACACCUUCCUUGGACGGCAGCAUGACCUCAGAAGAGAUGGAGCAUCUCAGUUGUCCUUCCACCCCGGAUAUGGCCAUGGCAGGCCGAAACGACGUCUCGGACGAAGAUGUUAAUGCCUGGUUACCUCCAGUCCAGCUACAUCCCCAAGCUUUCGAGACUCUUCAACAUCUACGCCAUCUAACUCGGGAUGAACAUGAAGAGCACCACGAGGUGACGCAAUUGAUUGAGAUCCCGGAGGGCGAAAUGACCGAGGUCAUGCGUCCACAGCUGUCCCUUUCUGUCGAUGGCCUCAACUCACCAGUGCAAUUCGCUGAUUGGGGAAGCGAGCCCGUGUCAGCUCUGUCAAUUCCCUCACCCGGUGGAUUCUUCUCCUCCCUCGAAGCUACCACCCGACACACCUGGUCCAUUCCUAACCCAGAGAGUCUCAUGCCAACAACCACCACUGCGGAAAGAUUUUACAACGUUCCAUGGGACGCACGCGAUAGUAUCAUCGAGCAAUCAGUUACGCUUGUAGGAUCUACUGUUGCUGGCACUGACGGGCCUCCUACUGCUAAGCCUGCAGCCCUGCAUGGCGAGGAGGAGGUCGAAAUUAAGGAAAUCGACCCCAGCAAAACCGUCUUCCAAUACAAUGAAAAGUACCACGACGAACUGGAGAAGAUGGCAGGUGCCAACAAGGACCGCACAUCAGACUGGCUAGCCGAGCAAGACGAACUCCAAUCGAUGCUGCGGGACAUGAACUUGCCAGCCAAGACCACCACUCCCACUCACAGCCGCGGAAACUCAUUGGACAAGUCGCCAAAGAAGUCAGUGAGAUUCCAGGAGGAGCAAUCAGAGGAGUCAAUCGACGAGGACGAUGAUAAGCCAAAGAAGACCGUUACCUACGUUCAGGGUUUUGAGCACCUUCAAAACCGAGGACAAAAGGGUGACGCAUUCAUCCAUCGUCAGACUCGCGCCGAGGCCAUGCACAUUCAAAGACGAUGCAUGCCCAAAGUCCACCGCGACCAACUCCUCGGAAAGUUCGAACUCACCAACCCAGUGCGGCCAUCUCCGCCACGACCUGUCUCUUCGUUCUACACCGAAGACCCGACAGUGUUGAAAGAGCGCAUCGCACGUGCUCAGAUGGAACGACAAGCGCUUGACCAAAUGUCACCCUCGACAUGGGUCCUACAAGCACAAAAAACACUCAACGGUGGUAAGCUACUUAGCGCACCAGCGUGGAAAUCGCUCUCUCAAAUCCGAUCACCUCGCAUUCUCGACGUUGGCGGUCAGCCAACUUGUGACUGGGCUUGGCAACUCGCCUUUGAUCACCCACGAUCAACCGUCACCACCGUCUUCCCCCCUGGCCACAACCUCACCGCCUCCACGGUGCAAGGCCCAACCAACCACAAGCAAAUGCCCGUGCCCAACCUCUGGACCCUCCCCUUCCCGUCCGGCGCCUUCGACGUCAUCUCCGCCCGCAGCCUCUACGCGCUCCUCAAGACGGACAAGCCCGUCGGCCGCGCGCUCGACGAGUACGACCUCUGCCUGAAGGAGUGCUUCCGCUGCCUCAAGCCCGGCGGCUACCUCGAGUUCUCCCUCAUCGACUCGGACAUCAUCCGCGCGGGGCGCCAGGCCCAAGCCAUGGGCGUCGAGUUCGGCUUCAACCUCAAGACGCGCGGCUACGACCCCCAGCCCACCAAGACGUUCCUGCCGCGCCUGCGCAAGGCCGGCUUCGACGAAGUCCAGCGCGCGUGGAUGAUCCUGCCCAUGGGCAAGCCCGCCGCCAACUGGCGCGACACGCUGCCCGUGGGCGCCGACGCGCGCAACAGCCCGGAGAAGAGCAUCGGCCCGGACGGCGACGUCGACGUUGCGGUGCCGGAGGUGCUGGGCUCGACGUCCAAUGCGGCCAACUUGACCGGCACGGUCGGUGCGUGGGCGUGGGAGAAGUGGAUGCUGAAGCUGCAGGUCGAGAUGGGCAAGGAGGAGGAGAAGCUGCUCGAGGGCGUCGUGCAGGUGCUCGAGGAGGGCGCGAAGGAUGGAGCUGGGUGGCGGAGCUUGACGGGCUGGGCGAGGAAGCCGGCGGCGGCGCAGAAGUAAGGAGGAAGGUUAUGCAGUGAUGUGUUGAUGCGUUAAAUGCCUGGGUGAGUGGUGGUUGGAGGUUGGGGGAUCG